AUGACUCAGAACGAGAAGCAGCACGUCAUAGGGCACGUCAAGGACGUGGGCGUCGACCCCGACAAUGAGAACCCCAACACGCGCAUCUACAUGACGCGCGCCGCCCAGCCGUGGCACGUGGACUCUGCGGACACCGUGGGGCUGCUGUGCCUGGCGGAGGCCAAGGAGGGCGGCGACAGCGCCUUUGCCAGCAGCUCGGCCAUCAUUAACAUCAUCCGGCAGGAGGAGCCCGAGCUGCUGCCGGUCCUCGCCGGCCCCUGGUACGUUGACCGUAAGGGGGAGCUGCUGCCUGGCCAGCAGCCUGUAUUUGACCAGCCCAUACUGCACUACCACAAGGGCCGCGUCCUAGUGGCUCUCCAUGACUCAUACUACCAGCUGGCGGCAGCCAAGUGGGGCGGCGUCGCAGUGCUGUCGCCGCAGCAGGAGCGGGCGAUUAGUAAGUUCCGUGAGGUUGCCGAGCGCCCUGGGGUGGCCAUCCACAUGCGGCUGUCACCCGGUGACGUGCAGUACAUCAACAACCACACCACGGUGCACAUGCGCACGGCGUACCGCGACUGGGAGGGCCCGGACCGCGCGAAGCGGCACCUGCUGCGCCUGUGGCUGGCGACCCCGCCGCCGCACAGCAUCCCCCUGCCGCUGUCCUACCGGCAUAUGUUCAAGCAGUGGAGCGCCGACGACCGCGGCCUGUCGCGGCGCUCGGAUGGCGGCUGGGAGUACGUCGGCGUCGUGCCGCUCGAGGCCGAGGUCGGGCAGGCGUUCAUACCCCCUGCGGCGCCGGCAGGGGCGGCAGGCCAGGCCGGCGGCGGCGCGGGGGACGGCGGCUCGGCGGCAGCGCCAGCGUGA